AUGAUUGCGCUGAUGCGAUAUUCCAUAGAAGAUCUACGGGAAGACGAAGAAGGAAACUUCACAUUCCCAGAAAUUACAAAAGAAGAGCAUUUUCCUAAUCACAGUGCACCGCCAACACCAAAUCCACAACCAGACCUGAACGACUCUAGUGAGGAGCAAUCACAAUAUAGAGAGGAACCGAAAAUACCAAAGCCAAACAAGCACUCCACAAACACAUUAGGAACUCCAAGAAUCUCCAGAGCAAGAAUAAACUCGCUGAGGGAUCGUGGAGAUAAAAAUGAGGAUAAAAAAAAAACAAAAUAUAAGAAUCCUAGACAAUAA